CCACGGAUUGAACAGUGUGGACUUGAGAGUGGAGAAGCUCGGCGCUGCUGCCCACUCUACCGACGGACAGACAUUGGUAUUAACCUAAACAAUGGGCCUCAUAUUCGCCAAGCUGUGGAGCUUCUUCUGUAAUCAAGAGCACAAGGUGAUAAUCGUUGGACUUGACAACGCAGGGAAAACCACUAUCCUCUACCAGUUUCUGAUGAAUGAGGUGGUCCACACGUCUCCCACCAUCGGGAGUAAUGUAGAAGAAAUCGUGGUGAAGAACACUCACUUUCUGAUGUGGGACAUUGGAGGGCAGGAGUCGCUCAGGUCCUCCUGGAACACCUAUUACUCCAACACAGAGUUCAUCAUUCUGGUAGUGGACAGCACAGACAGAGAGCGCCUCGUCGUCUCUAAAGAGGAGCUCUACAGGAUGCUGGCCCAUGAGGACCUGCGGAAAGCAGCUGUGUUGAUAUUUGCCAAUAAGCAGGAUAUGAAGGACUGUAUGUCUGCAGCAGAGAUCUCCAAAUACCUCACCCUGAGCUCCAUCAAAGACCACCCCUGGCACAUCCAGUCCUGCUGUGCACUUACAGGAGAGGGGUUAUGCCAAGGCCUGGAGUGGAUGACCUCAAGGGCUGGACUCAGAUAGCCCCUCCCAACGCCGUUGAUGGCCUGACUACCUGAACCAUCCACAUGGUGGCACUAAAGCAUCUCCUUUUAAUGGCUUAUGUUGUUUUUUUAUUUUCAUUUUUUUUAAAUGAUGAAUUUUAAUGGACUUAAACCUCUGCAGACAACACAGGAUUGGGGCUCAAUUGUUCCUGUGGAGCUGCAAUUUACAGAGCCUGAACCAGAGAACUGACCUGGUUAUGGGGCAAGAAGCACGAAGGAGAGAAUAAAUGUCCAAGUGCGAUGCAGGGCUGCACUGGACAAGCGAUAUCUACACUACAUACAUAUCAUGUUACAUCACACCAUAUCACAUCAUGUGUUUGCCAUAAACACCAUGUUGGUGCCCAGCUUUGAGAAAUACUGUGCAGCUCUAUUACUAUUAUUGUUUUCUCCAUAUGUGUUUGUUCAGGUACAAAUCUACAGGGCAAGCAAAGGGAUUACAAGCGGUAUUGUAAACCAGGUUGAUGGGAACAGUCUCACUGUGAGGUGUUAGGGGGUUUCAGAAUAAUGUUCUCAUUUUUUUUGUAGCACAGCCAUUGAUUUCUGUUACACAUGAUUUCAGUUUCAUAAGCUACUGUGUUGUUUCCUCACAUUUCAAGGUGUCCCCUCCCUUCUUUUAACCUUGAGCCUUUACCUGUGUGUUAUCGAGCCUUUAAUCAGAGUCAGCACAAAUAAUCUUUGUCUGAACAAUCCUUCUGGAGCAAUGUUGUCAGUUCUAUGGAGGCCCUAAGCAGACAUGCAUCCAUGCAUUAUAUGACAAAUGUCCAGUUCUAGAGCUAGUCUAAUUUGUUUCAUAUACUGAGUUGGAAAAGCAGCAGGCAACAAUAGAAAGAGGCUAACUCAUACCAUUAGUGUAGUCCAGUGGUUCUCAACUGCUGGCAAAAAGUCUAUGAUGUGCUUUGAUAUUGAAGGAAGUAACUCCUUUUUGUACCAUCUUUGGCCCAAGUGAAGGAGUUGAAGUAUCUUAGGGUGUUGUUCAUGAGUGAGGGUAGAGUAGAUGGCGAGAUUGAUAGGUGGAUUGGUGCAGCAUCAGUAGUAUUGCAGACUACCAUCAUAGUGAAGAGAGAGCUGAGCCGGAGGAAAAAACUCUCAACUGACUGGCUGAUCUUCGUUACAGUCCUCACCUAUGGUCAUGAGCUGUGGGUAAAGACUGAAAGAAUAAGAUCGCAGGUUCAAGUAGUGGAAAAGAGAUUCCUCAGGAAGGUGUCUGGUCUCAGCCUUAGAAACAAGGAGAGGAGCUCAGACACCUGGAGGAAUCUCGAGGUAGACUGGUCCUUUGCCUUGAAAGAAGCUGGUUAAGGUGGUUCGGGCAUCUGAUCAGGAUGCCUCCCUGUGGAGGUCUUCCAGGUUCAUCCAACUGGAAAGAGACCCCAGGGUUGGCCCAGAACUCGCUAGAGGUUAUAUGUAUCACAUCAUGCCUCAGAAUACCUCAGGAAGACCUGGAAAAUGUUGCUGGCGAUGUCCGGGUGGACUUGCUUAGCCUGAUGCCACUGGGAUCCGACCUCUGGAAAGACUGAAGAGGAUGGAUUGAUAUUUGUACCGUUACAUCUUUUGUUCCAUCUCUAGUCCAAAAUCCCCCCUUUUUCGUUAAAAUGAGUUGGUGCUGAUUAAAAAUGUAAAGAAAUUUGUGUUGCUAUUUGUCGUUCAAACCAGUUGAGCGCCACUGAUCUAAAAGGCGUAUCACCACCUCCUUAAGUGGAAUAGCAACCAAAAUUUCUAAACUUUCAACCAUUUAAAAUAAUUUAAAUGAAAACUAGCGCAGUUUGGACCUUAGACAGAACAAAAAUUAUAACUGCACAAAGGGACCAGACCAAUUUAUAGGAGUACGUGCAUGCAAACAUGUUAUUUCACUCUGUAUUUGUGGAUUCUGGUUGUUUUUUUCAAAGGUCAUGACAAAUGAGACAUCAUGGGGAAAAAGCCUUGUUCAAGAUAUUUUAAUCUUAUAUGGCAGGAUAGAUAAGUCAAAAUCUAUAGAAAACAACCAAAAUGUAUGACUUAUUCAGCAAAACAGAGCCAAAUAAACUACGAUGGAACAUGCCUGUUAGAAAUUCUGCACAUCUUGGGUACUUUACCUCGAUUCCCGAUCCACUAAAAACACCUACAAGACCUACUUUCAGGUCCCAACCCAUCAGUUGAGAGCCGCUGGUGUAAACAAUGGCAUCAUGGCAUGUCAUGGUCUGGUCUAUAACAGUAACUAACCUGUUGUUCGGUACAGAAGCCCCAAGAGAGCAUGCAUCCAUUUUCCCAUGCUAACUUUAUUGUGGUUGUUUCUCGAAAUCUUCACUUCUAUAUCAGGAUAACUUCGCAUAACAAUGCUAAUUUUCUAUUUUAAAAAUAGUGAGAAAUAAACAAGUUAUCAUGAGAAAUCAGCAGUUUUUAUUGAGAUGGUUAAAUGAAUAGUCAUGGGUUUGGAGAAAACAAAAAAAUGCUCAUUAUCUAUGGGGAAAUGUGAGUAAAAUAGGAUACAUGGAUGUAUUUUGACCUGGGACAUCUUUAGUUGUGGCCUUUGCCAUUCGUUGUUUUAAGACUAAGAAAAAAACAGAUCAGAAGAAAAUGGUUGAAAUUAACUGGUUACCACAACAAAACCACUGUCUUUUCAAAAUAAGAUUUAAAUAUAAUUUUUAAGAUUUAAAAUUAUUCAUCUGUAAAAUUUGAUAAAUAAAAUGUAUGGAUGCAUGCCAGCUUAGUGCCUCUACAGUUUAACCCUUUAUCAACCAAGCACAGCAUGAAAUGGCUGGGAAAGAAAAAACAAAAGCAGGUAAGGCUCACUAUAACAGUAUUUUUAAAUUGAAACACUACAUUAUGUCUUUGAUGCAUUAUGAUUUUUAUUUAAUUUUUAUUUUUGCUUUUACUGACUUUGAUGUAAAAGGAGGGAUCAUGGCGAUUAAGCAUUGAGGCCUGUUUUGUAUUAACAGAUGAUCAUUGUUAAUCUGAAAGUGCGUAUGUGAAACUGGCCCAAGCAUUUCAUUGGUUCAUUUAUUUCUAAAAUUUUUGAAACAAAGGGAUCAAAUUUAGCCAACAUGGAGCAGGUGCCACGCUUUGACUUGAUGACCAACUGGACUUUUUCAGCAGCAUAAAAAUGAUCUCAACAUGUCAACCAUCAUAGUUCUAAUACUUGAUCCUCAGCCUUAACCGUGCUGUUCUGAGUGUCUGGACAAUGAAUCUGCCCAUUGUUUUUAACCCUCUUUGACCCGCUAUAAGAAUUCCCCACUAACAGAUCUAUGCACGUGUCACUUUGAAACCAUGUUUACCAUUUGCAAGCUCCAAAAGUGGCCAAAAAGGAGGAGGUGCAUGAGUUUCAUUGGAUCAAAAUGGUGUCCAUCAUGGUCAGGGAAUGUGCCUCUGGGUCUCCAGGAUAAAGUGGGUUAUUUUGUGUUGUGGAAAAAGUAUUUUUACACUUUAAAAAAAGGGUGCAGCACCCAGACUCUGCAGCAUUAAGGUUUACAGCUUUUACCUUGAUUUCAAAAAACAAGGGAACUAGAUCAUGUCCUUGGUGUGGUGGUCAAUAGUCUGGGUCAUGUACUGUAUUUCACCUGUUUUCAAUAAAAGUUGGUUUUGA